AUGGCUGUGGCUCUUCUAGAUGACUGGUGUAAGGGGAUGGACCUGGACCCCAAGAAGGCUGUGCUCAUUGUGGGCAUUCCUGUGCAGUGCAGUGAGGCUGAGAUAAAGGUUGCUAUGAAAGAAGGCUUACCUCCUUUGUGUGCUCACAAGAUGAUAGGCAGAAUGUUCAGGAGGGAAGAUGAAGCUAAGGCAGUCUUAAUUGAACUGACUGAAGUUGUCAAUCAUACUAUGAUGCCGCAUAUACCAGCAGUGGGGGGGGGCUGGGAAUUGGUUGUCAAACCCUGUAGCCCAGAUGAUGAGUUUAUCAAUAAGCUGACCUACUUUCUGAGAGAUGAAGGAUGGAGAAUAGUAGAUGUGGCCAAAGCCCUGGGGUUUAGCAUUGCCCCUACAGUGAGCAUAGAGCUAAGGAAUUCAGACCAAGACAAACCAGAAGGCUUGAAGUCUCUGUGCAGUAGUAUGUGUUAUCAAAAAUUGAAAGUGUUUUCUGGCAGUCCCUUUCCAGGCCCAGGAGAAGAGACCUUUGAAACCUGGUUAGGAGAGGUCACUGAGAUGAUGCAGUUAUGGCAGGUAUCUGAGAAGGAAAAAAAGUGGCGUCUUCUAGAGAGCUUGGGUGGCUCUGCCCUGUCAAUUAUGCAGGCACUGUGGGCUAGCAAUGAUGCCCUAACUAUGGAGCAGUGCUUGAAAGCCUUAAAGUAGAUCUUUGGGAAUAAAGAAGACUAUAAGAUCUUAUAGUUCAGAUUCCUUCAGUUUUCUCAGAAACCUACAGAGAAGCUAUCUGAUUACUUGCCGCAGAAAGCGGUGCAGCAGAGCCCCUUGUCAGCACACAGUGCAGAUUCAAUUCACCUCAAGCAUGUCUUAUCUUGAGUCUCCCUGACUACUGGCCUUUGGAGCAAGCUGUUUCUCUUAGAUCAGCAAGGAUGCCCACCCACUUUUCUGGAGUUAAUGAAACUCACUGGAGAUGAGGAAGAAUGGGAGACCACCAUGAUAGUGAUGAAGAAUCAGACAGAAAAGGAAAACAGGACCUGUGAGGCAGCAACAGAUCCGGUUACCACGCAGGCAGGGUGUUUUAGGGAGAUCAGCACCCAGACCAUAGGAGAGGAAAUUACAUCAGUGAAACAGAGGCGACAGUAUGGAGACAGUGGUGGGGAAGAGGGGCCUAUUAGGGAAUCAGGUUUCGGGGCUGAAAAUGAUCCUGAUGAGUAAAAACCCCAUGUUGAAGCACAGGAGUCAGGAAACGAGAGAGGGGCUGGGGCUAUGAGCCACCCCAACCCCAGAGAAAUAUAGGCUCAAGAGUUCCAGGAAUUCCUUCCUCUAGUAGGCAACAGAGAUACCUUGGCAAAAUGAUGGAGCAGCCCAGACAUGGCAGGGGAAAUGAGUGGUGCAGAAGGGCAAGACGGCCAGGGCUAGGGUAAGACACCCCACUUGCCACUCACUAGAAAUGAUUCCAACAAGCAAAAACAAAGUCUACCUAGCUCAGUGACUAUCAUAUCCGAGGCCCAUGGAGAGUACCAGAGAAAGGAAUGGGGACCUACUAUAGAUAGACCAAAGGGUGAUCCAGACCCCAAUUGGGACACUACUGAGUCAAAAGAUAAAGAUGGUGAGGCUUGGGGCUCUGAGCUAAGGAUGCCCAUUGGCACUGAAACAGCACAGGGCAUAGAGGAACCAGUCACGGGGUUGUCUUGGCCAGAGAGAACCGAUGCCUGGGGGGAAGUGCAGCAAGGUGGGGAGACAGUGCUCCGGAGAGGAGGCCGCAGGAUCCAGCCCGUCUUCAGGAUCAUCUACGCUCCUCUAGGGGAGCCCCAUGAGGGCAGUACCCUUGAGACUUUUCGUGAGUGA